AUGAACAAAGGCCUUCAUUGGCGUCGCCUGCAGAUGAUGGCCCUCACCAAAACCAUUGGAACUAGUCUGUUCCUCGGAUCUGGGCGCGCCGUCACUCAAGAUAAGCUGAUUAGAGCGUUUCCUGGAUACACCCUCAUCUGCUUUUCGGCUGCUGGCGAUGUCCUCGCCGUGGUUGAGAUAGCAGCCCUUGUUCCGUUGAGUGGAGGCAUCGUGACAUAUGCC